CUUUCGUUACCACUCCGGUUGUAGAGGAAGAAGACGAGUUCGAACAAUUACUCGCUCGGGAGUUGGAGGAAGUGAAAGAUUCGGAAAUUGCCGAGGAAAAAGACGAGGGGAACGAUUUGGAAACAGAGGAAUUGGAAUUGGAAAUCCCGAGACUGUCGAGUUCUGUGAUGAAUUUCCACCGAUUAGCGCUAAUGAUGAAGAAGAAGCCAAAUGGAUUGGUCAAUCGGAAUCCGCCAUGGCCGAAGGAGAAAGAUACAUCGGAGCCGCUAACUCCACUCUCACAGUCACUCCCACCGCGCCCGCCGUCGCCUCUCGCUACGGCGGCGACUUCUCUGAAUGCCUACGAGUACUACUGGCGGUCAAAACCCACCGGAAAAUCUGCCGGAAUUCAAAAUUCGAUCGGGCAACAACAGCCGCAGCCGAUCAAGAGCGUGACCCGGAAACUUAUUUCUUCAGAUAAUCAAAUGGCCAAUGAGAAACAGCAAGUUUUGGUACUGAGAGGGAACAGAGGAGACUACUUGGUUCCAUUGUCGAACGGCUGUAAAUUGCCCAGAAGGUCUCUUCUUCUCCGGGAGCCCUGCUGCAUUGCCACCACCUAAACCGCCGCCGUUCGCCGGGAAAAUCCACACCGAAAUCUCCAUACCCAUUACAUAUUUAAUUUUAAUUGUUAAAUGUCUGCCCAUUUCUUCCUAUUAACCCUUAAAAGCAAUAACAGAGAGACUAUCGAAGAAGACGAUAGAAAAACUAUCUCAAAUUAGCAUUUAGAAAUUAGAAAAUCAAAGGGGGGAAAAAGAAAAUGAAAAUUACCAGAAAAGGAAGUGUACAUUAUGAUUUCAUUUGAAGAGUCUGUGAUCUCUCAAAGCUGAAACAAAAUCAUAGCUGAUCUUUGACCCACUGGACUGUCUUGUCUAAAGCCUAAGCAUUUUGAUGGUUUUUUUUUUCCUCCUUUUUUUUAUGAUUAUUUUUUGAAUUUUGCCUUGGUUAUUUUCUAACCAAUGGGGUUUCAAUACGGGUCUUGUCUGUUUAAAUUAGUCUUCCAUUUUUGCAACAUCAUAAUCGAACACUGAUUUGGGGUUGCUUUUC